UUAACAAAAAAUGUGAUAGCUAAAGUAAAUCAUCAAAUAGCUAAUGGUCAGUGUGGAAGAUUAUUUGCUGUGGUGCACCUCGCAGGUUUACAGCAUCUGGUGACUCAAGAGGACUUAUUGGUUAUUGAAGGAACUUUUGCACCUAAUUUGGGUGAUAAAAUUAGAUUGGAAAAGGUGUUGUGUGUUGGGGGAAGAGACUUCACCUUAUUUGGCAGACCUCUUCUAAGUAAAGAUUUAGUCAGUGUUGAAGCAACUGUCAUAGAAAAGAAUCUCUCACAUUGCCAAAUCAACUUCUUCAGUUGGAGACGCCACAACUCAAGGAGAACUAAAUUUCACCGAAACCAACAAACAUUACUUCGAAUCAACACUGUUCAGGUGAUGCACAAGAUAAAUGAAGUCAAAGAAGUGGAAGGGGUAGACGGAAGAAUAUUUUAAAUGCUGUGCUAUUCUGUACAUAAUGUUAUACCGGGUUUGUAAAAAAAUAUAUA